AUGGAUGAUUGCGAUGGACCAAAUACAUAUAUUGCAACAAAAUCAAAAAUAAUAGCUGAAAAAGUUAAUACUGCAAUAUUAACUGAUCCUCGACAAUAUCGACAUCAAGGAACGGAUGCAAUGCAAUGUGUUAGUAUUGGUGUACAAACUGAGCAAUUCUCAUCUUCCAUAAGUAAUACCACUUUAAAAGGUAAUAUUAGUAAUGAAAUUUUGAAUUUAUUAUUGGAAACAGUGAAAAGUAAUAAUGAAGAAUUGAAUAUUCUUGGACGAUUGAACAUUUUCCAUCGUACUGAUUCGGUGACAUUAUCAAUGAUAAAACAAUAUCAAUUAUCACAGAAAGAAAAUUUACCACUACACAGCAUCGUUUGUGGUCCCAAUGAACGCAUAGCAUUUUUAUUUGCUAGUAAAUACCACAAAACGUGGUGCUCACAUAAUGGUACCAUUGCAUUGUGGCAACGAUAUACUAUGAUUGAACAUUUGGUACUUUCCAGUUGUCCAACAAUUCUUCGCUAUGGUCCACAUGGUUUAAUAGCAGUAGGUUUAGUAACAGGUCAUAUUUUAAUUAUUUUAAAUGGUGAAAUAUUAUCAAUAAAUGAGGCUCAUACUUUAUCAGUAACAUCACUGGAAUGGCUUUAUCACCUACAGCAACUUAUCUCAGUAUCAUUAGAUGGUCGAAUUAUCAUUCAUAAAUUAAAAUCGACAGUACUGGAAGUGAAAUAUUCUAAAUUAAUAACUGCUUUAAAUCUUCCUCGUAAUAUUCGGAAAUCAAAUUUAUCAACUAAAUACAUCGGUUUGACAUCAUUAUUUGUUAUCAAAGAUCGAUUAAUUAUUGGCAGUGAAAUAGGCGCUGUUUGGAUUGUGACAAUUCCAAAUUUAACAAUCACUUUGCUUCAUUAUGAAAUUGAUUGUAUUGAAACUGUCGCAUAUAUUUCAAAUUAUACUAUUAUUACAACAACUUCUCAUAAAGGUUUAAUCAUAACUGGAAAUGGUACAUUAACACGUAUUUUAGAUAUUCCAAUUCAGAGUGUUUCAAUUAAAAAUGCUAAUUUAAUUAUUUGUGGUAGCAAUGAGCAAAUAUGUGCAAUUCAACUUGAUGAUUUAAAAAUUUUAAUGAAACAAACAUUUGCAUAUGAAGCAUUUACUGUUGUCCCCAAUGAUGAUGCAUUAAUUGUAGUGGACAAACAAUUAUUGGUCACUUUGUAUCGAAUUAAUAUUAAUCAAUGA